GCCCAUUCGUUGGUAAACAUGGUUUCAGUCAUGGGUCCAUCAGUUGAUGCCUCCAGCGCAGUGACGGCGAUCGGAGUUGACGGCAAGUGUAAUUAAUUCGGCGCGGAUUUGAUUUUGAUUACUCGCUAGCAUUUCAUUUAAUUCUGGAUUCACGUAGUGUUGAGCAACUACAGGGGACAGAUAUGGCCCCUUGCUUUCGAUGGACCCCCGAUUGCGUAUUCAGGCCACUUUAUCCAACUAGUUAUCCUUUCCAAGGUCAAGGUCGAGUUAAUCAACUUGGGGGUGUUUUCAUCAAUGGACGACCUCUUCCGAACCAUGUCCGACUACGAAUUGUUGAGAUGGCAGCAGCAGGAAUCCGUCCUUGCGUCAUCAGCAGACAGCUCAGAGUUUCUCAUGGCUGUGUUUCCAAAAUCCUCAAUCGAUACCAGGAAACUGGAAGUAUAAGGCCCGGUGUGAUUGGAGGAAACAGGGGGAAGACUCCGAGUGAUUCAGAACAAAAGGAAGAGUGUAAAAAAGACAAUUCAAACUGCUUUAGCUGGGAACUUCGCCAAAGGAUCUCCAAAGAAUCAAAUUAUGAACAUAAAGUAAACCAAAAUGCAAUAGCACAACUUCUGAACACUGCAUUAAGUACAAAUAAACUUGAUAAAACUGAGGACUUAAACCAAAAAGGUACCGGUGGUCAUAAACACACAAUUGAUGGCAUUCUGGCUUCAAAAAAGUCAUCAAGCGGCGAAGAAGGAGGCUCAGAUUGUGAUUCAGAACCGGGCCUUACUUUAAAAAGGAAGCAAAGGCGAUCUCGAACUACUUUCACCGCUACUCAACUAGAGGAAUUAGAGAAAGCAUUCGAAAAAUCCCAAUAUCCGGAUAUAUAUUCGAGAGAAGAGCUUGCUCAGAAGACGAGUCUCACCGAAGCCAGGGUACAGACUCUUCACCAUUACAGACGGGACCCAGCGUAUCGUUACAUCACCAUCACUUGCAUGCAUCAUCAACAGAGCCUCGAUCAUCUCUAGCCUAUAACUCCAUAGCAGAGUGCAAUCCUGCUAUACCAUCUACAGUAAUGUCCAUGCUGCAUCAAUCCGUCCCAUCCUCAGCCGGAGCAGUUGAUUAUACUCACCAUCAACAUGGAGUUGGCAGCUCCACAGCUGCCGCAAUGGCAACGGCAUCUUCCGGCGAGGAAUGCUGGAACGCGGCAGCCAGAGCUAACUUCAACGGCUGGACAGCAGCGGCUGCCGCUCAGCAAAAUUCUGCCAGUUCCUCGUCUGCUGCGGAUGCUACAGCGGCUGCAUUCGCUAGCGAACAUCACAUAGCCGGAAGCGACGCUUAUUCAGGGUUUAAUACUAUGGCUCAUCAUCAUCAUCAUUACCCUGAUAUAAAACCACCCUUUUAUUAUACAGGGCAAUAUCCUACCGGAUUCAGGGCCUUAGGCUUAUGAGAGCGCCCGAAUAGCUAUGGACUUGUAUAUAAAAUAAUAGAAAAAAUAUAUGGUCUAUGUAAUUUGCAUUGUUGUUUAUUAAAUGUUGAAUUUGUAUGUCAUUGUUGUUUUAUGCUUUUGUUGAUAUUUGUGCAAAUAAUAAUAUAUAUAUUGCUGAAAUU